AUGGGGAAGCUUAGUUGGGAGAAAUUCCUUGAAGAAUCUUCCUACUUGAAAAAUUGUAGCUGGAAAUCAUGUAUCUUGAAGAGGCCACCAAGUAAUCAUAAACAACUGGCACAAUUGAAGUUACUGAGUGAACUGAGAGACCCACCACAAAAUGAAAAGGGAAAUAUUUUACCUCACAAGAAUUACAAGAUUUAUCCUUCAAAAAUAAUUCAACCAGUGCCUACAAGAUCAUCACCUUUGCCUAUAUUUGUGUUUAUACUAACCAACCAAGAUUUUUAUAGUUGCUGUGGAGACUUAAAAAUGAUUAAAUCAAGAUUUCUUGAGUGGAUAACCAGAUUUUGGUGUUUUUUCAUUCUGCCCUGCAUUCUCUCAGAGCGAAUAUUAAACAUGGAUGAACUAUCAACUUGUGGACAGAAGAUUGAAGUAUUUGAGACUCCAGUAAUUAUUAAUGCUCGUUCAAGCAUUCCUCCAACCAGUCGUUCACCAUAUUGCCAGGUCAUUUUAGAGACCACUUCCAGAGAUGGGGCUUACAGGCUUCAGAUAACCAUAAAAAGUGUUGCAAUUAAAGACUCAACAUUUAUGCUUAGGAUUUAUGAUGGUCAAGGUGCUCUCAAUCUUCUGCGUCAAAUUGGAACCAGUUCUAAAAGCACAGACAUUAUCUACACCAAGUCAAGUUUUGCCACAAUCAUAUUGACUCAAUCAACUAACAUAAAAUUCUCUGAAAAUGACUUCACAUUAGAAGUGAAAGGAUACAGGGAUCCUGAUGAGGAUGAACCAGUUGUUGGUGGUUCUAAACUGUCACCUGGAGCAAUUGUUGGAAUUAUUCUGGCCAUUUUACUGUUGAUAGGCUUUGCAACAGUGCUCUGCUAUAUGUACAACACAGGGAUUUUUACCAAAAAACGCAGUGUUUCAAGUCAGUCUGUCGUUGGCUCCAAAGAAAGUCUUAGCAAGACACCAUCUAGUAUCAGCAGUAUCUCAAGUAAAAAAGGCUACACAGAGAAUGAAUUUAAAGAUUUUCAUUCAGCCUUUCUCAGUUCGAUAUCUAUGAAAGUAUCUGGCAACCAUAAUCACAGUCGAUCAGAUUCAGGUAACAAUCAAAGAUCAAGUCAUCCAAAAAUGCCUCCUUCAAGAGCAGAAGUCAAAACAAUUUCAGACAAAGAUGUUUAUGAAGAACCAAUAAGUACUCGACGCUUUGGUAAAACAAGCAGUGUUACAUUUGACACUCGCCAGCAAGAGCCCCCUUACUUUCAGAGAAGUUAUGCAGGUGGUAUACAGAAUGGACAAAGAAGUCCUAAAAGUUCUUUGGCAAAAAGUAAGUAUGGCAUACCUGAUCGAAGCAGUGGCCAUAGUAAUGCAUCAUAUGCAGAAAUCAAGGAUUUACCAGAUAUGAUGUCUAAUUUAAAGAGCCAAGAAACAUCUCUAAGGGGUUCUUCUCAGAUACAAAAAGAACAAAGAUUACCAUCUGCUCCUAGGCCUGAAACUCAGAACUCUUACAAGAAAUCAUAUCAAAGCCCUAGAUCAAGUUUACAUUCCUCAUCCAGAGAUACAGGUAAUGACCUAACUUCUGAAGAUUCCAGUCAUCUAUCUAUUCGAAAAGAAACUGCACAAAAGAAGCAAAAGGCAGCUCUCUUGAAAGAAAUAAAUACUCUGAAUUCUGAUCAAAAGAGAGAGUUUUCUAAUUCUGAUGCAGCAGAAAAAGGAAAACCUUGUGAAAAAGUUCAAGAAACUGAAGAAGGUCUCAGUAAAUCUGUUCCAGGGCAAAAGUCAGCUGUGGUCAAAUCAGGGUAUGACCCAAGUACUGGCUGUCAGACAACUCGGGUGCUGUGGACAGACAGCAUACCUGACCCCACAGAUCCUGAACCAGGUGUGGACAACCCAUGCAUAACAAGAAAAACAAUAAACAGAAUAACAACUAGAAGUACAUAUGAAAAUCUUCCUGAAAAUCCUUUUCCAUUGCUGAAUCAGAUCCAGAUGGAAUCAAAUGAGCCAUCAUUCUUGUCACCCUCUGUUGUAAGCCAACACAACAUGCUUCCUUCAUCAGAGUGGGUAUCUGAAAUUCCCCAUUCAGAGGAAAUUUCUUUCUACACUCAGUCUGCAAGCAGUAGAACUAAAGUGCCAAUCAUCCAUGAGGCCAAUCAAAAACACCACAGCAUAAAAGAUAGAAUAACUAUUACUUGA